AGCUGUUGGAAUUCACUGCCUCAGAGUGUGGUGGAGUUUCCUUCUUUGGAGGUUUUUAAGCAGAGGCUGGAUGAUCACAUGUGUUGUGAUUAUGUGUUGCUGCAUGAUGCGGUCAUUCAGGAGGUUGAACUUGUUGGCCCUUGUGGUCUCUUCCAACUCUAUGAUUCUAUGAUCUGCAUGCAUUUAUUUACUAGUAAAAUGAUGACAAGAUGGAUCCAUCCACCAACUCUGAGAUUUACCUUAAUGAGCUUUUCAGACAAGAACUUCCAACAGCAUCAACAUCUCUCACUGACCAAAUUUUAACAAGGGUUUCCAAAAAAAAGGGGAAGAUAAGCACAGACUGUACCAGAAACAGGGACUAUUUGUACAAAUACAUUUGAAGCAGGAGGGUGGAUGCUAAGUGAACCACACUGGUAGUAAGGACUGUGCUCCCAUGUAAUGGAGAACCCUGGAAUGUAUAAGAUUGCCUUUUUCCAUUGAAAGUUUCUUUGACUAUGAAGGAUGUUCAUUCUGAAGGUCUCUGAAGCAGGGAGGGAAAUUCAUGGUACAAACUUCUGUUUGUUUGGCUGUUCAGAUAUUUACAUGGCUUUGACUAGUAUGGAUGUUUGUUCACAAGUUAAUUAAACAACUUGUUUUCUUUAAUGAUUUUCCCCUACAUAAUACCCAUACUGGCUACAGAAAAUAGGUAUACAAUAUUAGAUUUAUUCAAAAGGUUGUUUUUUGAAUUCUACAGAAGAGGGCGAUAUAAUACUUUUGAUUAGAUGAAUUCAGUCAUGAAAGAGGAAAGCCAAGUGAUCUAUAAAAAGAGAUGACACAUGGAAGGAACCGAAUGAAAAAGCAGAAUAUCAUUUUACUGCAAAACUUGUGCUGACGUCAUUACAUAAGCCUGUUGAGGGUGUUAUGUACUUUAGUAGCAAUUAUGAUCUGUAUUUUAUGCAUAAUCGCCUUUCUUGUCUGAACACAGGAGGAUUUGUUCCCUUUUGAUCUUUUUAGUUUGCAGUGUAGCCUAGCAGAAUUCACAAGUUUAUGCUAGUUUUGUCUAAUGCCACAGGAAUUGUGGGUGUCAGUUUACAGAUCCCUUUUUUGUUGGCUUUGGAAGCUUACUCGUCAUAGAUCCACCCAUCAGUUACAUCUCACCGUAAUAAAGCCAUUCCCUGCCGCUGCCUCCUGGCGUUUGAGCCUGGAAGCUGCCGAGAGCAAGAAGUGCAGACUUUCUUAAGUUUCUCUUCUGAAAACAGUGCUGCCUUUAAAAAAUUGAAAACAAUGCUUCGGAUAGUGGUGGAAUCUGCUGCAAAUAUCCCUAAAAACAAGUUUGGGAAACCAGAUCCAAUUGUAUCAGUUAUUUUUAAAGAUGAAAAAAAGAAAACGAAGUCAAUUGACAGUGAGCUCAACCCUGUGUGGAAUGAGAUACUUGAGUUUGAUUUGAAAGGAAUACCUCUGGAUAUAUCAUCAUCCCUUCAGAUUGUUGUGAAAGACUUUGAAACCCUGGGACAAAACAAGCUAAUUGGCACAGCAUCACUAGGGCUCAAGGAACUGGUGGGCACACAAAGUAGAUCACUCCCUUACAAGCUCGUUCCCCUGCUCAAUGAAAAGGGGCUGGACACCGGAGCAACAAUUGAUUUAGUGGUAGGAUAUGAACCGCCAGCUGGGCCUCCAAAUCCUAAUGACCCCGGGGGGACAAACACAGAGAAUACAGAAGAUGGAGAAGAUGGAGGUGAUGAAGAUGUGGCUGAUGGUGGAACUGGUGGCCUUUCCCAAGGUGGACCAAGUGGUUCCCGUGAACUGCAGCUCGCUCGGCGCAUUACCAAGGGGAAAAAAAAUCGGAGGGCAUUGUCUAAUAAACCACAAGACUUCCAGAUACGUGUUAGAAUUGUUGAAGGCCGUCAGCUGUGUGGGAAUAACAUAAAACCAGUAGUGAAAGUACAUAUUUGUGGCCAAACUCACAGAACAAGAAUCAAAAGAGGGAACAAUCCCUAUUUUGAUGAGAUCUUUUUCUACAACAUCCACAUGACCCCUUCAGAGCUGUUUGAUGAAACAAUAAGCAUUCGAGUAUAUGACUCGUAUUCUUUACGUGCCGACAGUCUAAUGGGGGAAUUUAAGAUUGACAUUGGUUAUGUCUAUGAUGAGCCUGGCCAUGCUGCCAUGAGAAAGUGGCUGCUUCUAAAUGACCCUGAAGACACAAAUUCAGGUCCCAAAGGAUACUUGAAAGUCAGCAUGUUUGUUCUUGGAACUGGAGAUGAGCCACCAGUGGAAAACAGAGAACGGGAUAAUGACAACGAUGACGUAGAAAGUAACCUUUUACUGCCAGCUGGAAUAGCUCUCCGAUGGGUCACUUUCGUUUUAAAGAUCUACAGAGCUGAAGAUAUUCCUCAGAUGGAUGAUGCUUUUGCGCAAACUGUGAAGGAAAUAUUUGGAGGAGAAGCAGACAAGAAAAACCUGGUGGAUCCAUUUGUGGAAGUCUGUUUUGCUGGGAAAAAGGUUUGCACAAAUAUUAUUGAAAAGAAUGCCAACCCAGAAUGGAAUCAACUCAUUAAUCUUCAAAUCAAGUUUCCUUCGAUGUGUGAAAAAAUGAGACUGACAAUAUAUGAUUGGGAUCGUCUUACAAAAAAUGACACAAUCGGCACAACCUAUUUAGGACUCUCCAGAAUUGCUGCCUCUGGAGGGGAGGUUGAAGAGCUUUCACGUUCGGGAGCUGGGGCUUCAUCGUAUGAAGCAAACACUGGGGAAACAGAAGUGGGAUUCUUACCAACAUUUGGGCCGUGUUACCUAAAUCUUUAUGGAAGUCCAAGAGAAUACACUGGAUUCCCAGAUCCAUAUGAUGAGCUGAACUCUGGAAAGGGGGAAGGUGUAGCCUACAGAGGCAGAAUCUUAGUGGAACUAUGUACACUGCUUGAUUGUGAACCUCGUAGUAAGAAGAUUGAGACAAUACCCAGUGAUGACAUACUGGUUGUUGAGAAAUAUCAGCGCAGAAGAAAGUACAGUCUCAGUGUUGUAUUCCAUUCUGCUGCUAUGUUACAAGACAUUGGUGAGGCUAUCCAGUUUGAAGUUAGCAUUGGGAAUUAUGGGAAUAAAUUUGAUAACACCUGUAAACCACUGGCAUCAACAACUCAGUACAGUCGUGGUGUUUUUGAUGGAAACUACUACUACUACCUGCCAUGGGCAAACACAAAGCCAGUAGUGACUCUGACUUCAUUUUGGGAAGAUAUAAGUCAUAGACUGGAUCCCUUAAAUAUUAUUCUUGUGAUAGUGGAAAAACUGCAAACAAACUUAGCAGCCUUCAAAUCAGCAAUACAGGAAAAGAUGUCAGAAGACCACUUGUUUAAGAUAUGGCUGAAGCUAAUUGACGAACUUAUGGAGGAUUUAAGUAAGGAAUUCCCUGCUGAAGGCAAGCAGAAUAUUACAAUCCUUGAUACCCACAUCCGAAAACUGCGGCUCAAAUCAUUUAAGCAAAUUCAGGAGGCAGCAGCAAGAUUGAGGGAUGAAGUCCAAGAUGUGAAGGCCACUCUGACAGAUAUUGAAGAUUGGUUGGAUAAACUAAUACAUUUAAGUGAAGAGCCACAGAACAGCAUGCCUGAUGUGAUCAUCUGGAUGAUCCGAGGGGAGAAGAGGCUCGCCUAUGCACGCAUUCCUGCCCACGAGGUUUUAUAUUCCACUACAAGUGCUGGGGCAUCUGGAAAGUAUUGCGGGAAGACCCAGACCGUCUUUCUAAAGUACCCACAGGACAAAAACAACGGCGCAAAAAUACCUGCACAGUUGCGGGUUAAUGUUUGGCUGGGAUUGAGUGCGGUUGAGAAGAAGUUUAAUAGCUUUGCCGAAGGAACAUUUAGUGUCUUUGCUGAAAUGUAUGAAAAUCAGGCUCUUAUGUUUGGAAAAUGGGGAACUUCAGGACUUGUCGGCCGCCACAAAUUUUCUGAUGUCACAGGAAAAAUCAAGCUGAAAAGAGAGUAUUUUCUGCCUCCCAAAGGCUGGGAGUGGGAUGACGACUGGUUUGUUGAUCCUGAAAGAAGCUUGUUGACAGAAGCAGAUGCUGGUCAUUCUGAGUUUACUGAUGAAGUGUAUCAAAAUGAGAGCCGCUACCCUGGAGGAGACUGGAAAGCAGCUGAAGAGAGUUACACUGAUGUGAAUGGUGAAAAAACAGCUCCACCAAGUGAGAUCACUUGCCCUCCAGGUUGGAUGUGGGAUGAUGAUGCUUGGAUUUAUGAUAUAAAUCGAGCAGUGGAUGAAAAAGGUUGGGAAUAUGGAAUUACCAUUCCCCCUGACAACAAACCGCGAUCAUGGGUAGCUGCAGAAAAAAUGUAUCAUACCCACAGAAGACGAAGGCUGAUCAAAAAACGCAGAAAAGACCCAAGUCAAACUACAACAUCAAGGCUUAAAGAAGAAAGCUCAUUCUAUGAGGAUCAAGAAGGAUGGGAAUUUGCCUCUUUGAUUGGGUGGAAAUUUCACUGGAAACAGCGCAGUUCAGAUACUUUCCGCCGCCGCCGCUGGAGGAGAAAAAUGGCUCCCUCAGACACACAUGGUGCAGCAGCCAUCUUUAAGCUUGAAGGUGCUCUUGGAGCAGAUACAAGUACUGAUGAUGGAGACACGACUUCAGAGAAGGCCAAAAGUUCAACAGCACAUGUAUUUGGUGCAAACACUCCUAUAGUUUCCUGUACCUUUAGCAGAGUCUACAGUUACCACUUUCGGUGUUACAUCUAUCAAGCUCGAAAUCUUACAGCUUUGGACAAAGACAGUUUUUCAGAUCCAUAUGCUCAUGUUUCAUUCCUCCAUCGAAGUAAAACAACUGAGAUAAUCCAUUCAACACUGAAUCCAACAUGGGAUCAAACCCUCAUAUUUGAUGAAAUUGAAAUAUAUGGAGACCCCCAAGCAGUAGCACAAAACCCUCCUCUUGUGGUUGUAGAACUCUUUGACAAUGAUCAAGUGGGCAAAGAUGAGUUUCUGGGAAGAACCUCUUGCUCUCCAAUGGUGAAACUCAAUCCAGAAUUUGACAUCAGUCCUAAGCUUUUGUGGUAUCCAGUUACAAAUGCAGGAAAGGCUUGUGGAGAUGUCCUUUUGGCAGCUGAGCUUAUAUUGAGGGAAAAGGAUGGAUCCAACCUGCCAAUUCUUCCAUCACAAAGAGCACCAAAUCUUUAUAUGGUUCCACAAGGAAUUCGACCUGUAGUUCAGCUGACUGCUAUUGAGAUCCUUGCCUGGGGAUUACGCAACAUGAAAAACUACCAAAUGGCUUCUGUUACAUCCCCUAGUCUUAUCAUAGAGUGUGGAGGAGAAAUGGUGGAAUCUGUAGUGAUUAAAAACCUGAAGAAGACACCAAAUUUUCCAGGAUCUGUUCUCUUCAUGAAAGUGCUGCUGCCCAAGGAGGAAUUGUACACUCCAUCCUUAGUUCUUAAAGUGGUAGAUCACAGGCAAUUCGGCCGUAAACCUAUCGUGGGACAAUGUACCAUUGAUUUACUAGAGCAUUUUCGCUGUGAUCCUUAUGCUACUCAAGAAGACAUUGCACCACAGAUGAAAGUUAGUCUCCUGUCUGCUGCCCCUCGUCGAGAUGUGGUGAUUGAAGUGGAAGCCACCCAGCCCCUACUCACAGCACAGCUGACAGAAAAGGAAGAAGAAAUUGUAGACUGGUGGAGUAAAUUUUAUGCUUCAACAGGAGAUACUGAAAAAUGUGGACAAUACAUUCAAAAAGGAUAUGAAACACUAAAGGUGUACAACUGUGAACUGGAGAAUGUGGCUGAAUUUAGGAGUUUAACAGACUUCUGUGAUACUUUCAAGCUGCUACGGGGAAAAUCUGAAGAAAAUGAUGACCCUACAGUUGUAGGGGAAUUUAAGGGAUCCUUCAGGAUCUACCCAUUGCCAGAUGACCCUACUGUUCCACCUCCUCCCAGACAGUUCCGUGAGCUACCAGACAGUGGACCUCAAGAAUGUAUUAUACGGAUUUAUAUUGUCCGCGGCUUAGUUCUCCAACCUAAGGAUAACAAUGGGCUGUGUGAUCCAUACAUUAAAAUUACGUUAGGAAAAAAAGUUAUUGAAGACAGAGAUAAUUAUGUUCCCAACACUAUCAAUCCAGUUUUUGGCAGAAUGUAUGAACUGAGCUGCUUCUUGCCUCAAGAGAAGGAUCUGAAGAUUUCUGUGUAUGACUAUGAUGUGCUGACACGAGAUGAGAAAGUCGGGGAAACCACCAUUGAUCUGGAGAACAGGUUCCUCUCCCGUUUUGGUUCUCAAUGUGGAAUACCUCAGCAGUACUGCACUUCAGGGGUAAACACCUGGAGAGAUCAACUGAAACCAACACUUCUCUUGCAAAACUUAGCCCGGGUCAAAGGCUACUCUCUACCGGUCCUUUCUGAAAAUGGAAUGAGAAUUAAUUAUGGAGGCAGAGAUUACACUUUGGAUGAAUUUGAGGUCAACAAAAAACUACAUGAACACCUCGGACCUGCGGAAGAACGGCUUGCUCUUCACAUUCUCAGAACUCAGGGCUUGGUGCCUGAACAUGUAGAGACAAGAACCUUGUACAGUACCUUCCAGCCAAACAUCUCACAAGGAAAGCUUCAGAUGUGGGUGGAUGUCUUCCCCAAAAGCUUGGGCCCUCCUGGCCCUCCUUUCAACAUCACUCCUCGCAAAGCUAAGAAAUAUGAACUGCGGGUCAUUAUAUGGAAUACAAAGGAUGUCAUUCUAGAUGAGAAAAGCAUCACAGGGGAAGAAAUGAGUGACAUUUAUGUGAAAGGAUGGAUGCCUGGAUUUGAAGAAAAUAAGCAGAAAACAGAUGUGCAUUACAGGUCCCUGGAUGGGGAGGGGAAUUUCAACUGGAGAUUCAUUUUUCCUUUUGAUUAUUUUCCAGCUGAGCAGCUCUGUACUGUUUCCAAAAAGGAACACUUCUGGAGUCUUGACAGUACGGAAUUCAGAAUCCCACCCAAGCUUAUCGUUCAGAUAUGGGACAACGAUAAGUUUUCCUUGGAUGACUAUCUGGGUUUUGUUGAACUUGAUUUACACAAUGCGGUUAUCCCGGCAAAGGUUUCAGAAAAGUGCACGUUGGACAUGCUUCCAGAAUCUAAGCCCAUCAAUUCUUUCAAGCCCCUGAAAGCUGCUUCGCUCUUUGAACAGAAGUCCAUGAAAGGGUGGUGGCCAUGCUACCAGGAAAAAGAUGGCUCACGUGUCUUAGCAGGUAAAAUAGAGAUGACUCUGGAGGUCCUUGGAGAAAAAGACAUCGAUGAGCGGCCAGCUGGUAAAGGAAGAGAUGAACCUAACAUGAACCCAAAGUUAGAUCUACCAAAUCGUCCAGAAACUUCCUUCCUUUGGUUCACAAAUCCUUGCAAGACUAUGAAAUUCAUUGUCUGGCGCAGAUUCAAAUGGGUCUUCAUAGGCCUCAUCUUCCUGCUGAUUGUGCUCCUAUUUGUGGCAAUCUUCCUCUAUUCAUUGCCGAACUACCUGUCAAUGAGGAUUGUGAGCCCUAUUUAAAAAAGUUGAAUUGCAACAUUGCAAUGACAACUUCUACAUAUGGACCAAAUAUAUCAGUUAGCCAAAUCAUUCAAGUUCCCCAUUGUGCCUGUAACUCUGCUCCCUUAUGUUUUUAACCAUGAAGGGGAUAAUUUCUAAGAAUUUAACUGUCCUUCAUUAAGUUUUGGGUAAUUAAAGGAAGACGAUACCAUGUUCUAUCUCUUCCAGAGUAGGUUGUGUUAUUCUGUUACAGAAAAGCAAAAAAGAGUCUUAUAGCCCAUAUUGUGGACUUUUUAUGGAUUACACUUUCACAGAUUAGCAGUGCAAUUCUAUGCAUGGGCCAAAACCAGUGAUGGAGAAUAUUUUGGACUCAAGUAAAAAAUUCUGGACAGCAAGUAAAAAAUUCAGAAAAUGCCUAAUAUAACUCUGUUGGCAUGUCACUUCCCCAACAAAGAAGAAAAAAAUAUUUAUGCAUUUAUUUCUUUUUAAAAAUUGUGGCACUAUGUAUUAUAUAAAGAAAUGUCAAAUAAUUAUAAAAAUUACUAAACUGAAAAUAGGGAGAAUAGUCAUUGUUGAAUGUUGGUGAACAUUGGUGUGUCACCAAAACUGUUGUGUCAUGUCACCUUUGAUACGCAUGUUACUAUCACUACCCUGUACUGUAGUACUCUGCAUAGGAUAGGCCAGCUGUCUUCUUCAACGCACCAGUAUAUGAAAAUUAUGUCUUCCUUGAUUUUACAUGACUUUUUUUUCAAAAUGUUUGUUACUUUUCCCUCUAUCUUUACAGAUCAGCUCUAUUUAAAGUAUUUUUAUCAAGUGCACUUUGAAAUCCUGCCUCUUCACUCACUGAAAAACCAGAUACUAUACGUAUUUUUGUAAAGCAAAAUGUAGUGCAAUAAAAACUGUUAACUAGUGAUGUAAAAGAUCACUGUACUGUACAUUUCCAACUUUAUGAGCAAAACAAUGAAAUAAGGGAUAAAGUCA